CAGUUGGCCGUGCGAGCAGCAGCAGCAGUCCACCCCAGGGUUCGCACCACGCGACGUGGUUUAGCGCGUCGGGCAUUCCUUGUGAGACUUGCAUGGAUGCAGGUGCAUCCUUGUGAGAACUACAGAGGGGGGCUUUGGAAAAACACUGUUGGAACUACAGGCAAUUACCGAGCACCCCUGUAUGGCUGCAUUUCGGGGAGGGCCCGACGAGGUGCGGGCGCGCCCCGCCGCCACCAAGGACGACGUCAAGCCCCAGGACGACGGCGGCGGGACGCCUCUGCUCCGAGCCGCCCUUGUGGGUGGGGCGCAGGCGGACGGCGAGAGGGCUCCUCUGCCCGUCGUUAAUCUUCUCACCGACGUAGUCAGCAUGUGGCUGAAGCUGGAGAGCGGGCCGCAGAGCGAAGGUCAUAGUAAAAUCGGACUGACCCCGCUACACCUCGCCGCCCUCCAGGACCGCGUGGACAUUGUCGGCGUGCUGCUCGGGGCUAGGGCGAGGUGCGACGUGUCUGAUAAAAUCGGCUGGACUCCCCUGCACUUUGCGGCGGCCCGGGGUUUCGUGGAAACGCUCACGCGUCUGCUAGGGGCCGGCGCAAAGCACGACCUGAAGGCGGAACACGACUGGACUCCUCUGCAUCUCGGUGCCCUCCAGGGUCACGUGGAGAUAGUCAGCCUGCUGCUGAGGGCCGGGGCGCAGUGCGACGUGCGUGACGUAAAAGGCUGGACGCCUCUGCACUUCGCCGCAGCCAAUGGCCACGUACACAUAGCCCGCAUGCUGCUGCAGGCCAGCGCACAGCGCGACGUGCUAGACGGGCACGGCAGGACUCCCCUACAUCGCGCUGCCGACAGGGGCCGCGCUGGCACAGCCCGCCUUCUGCUGAAAGCUGGGGCCAAGCGCGACGUGCAAGACGAGGACGGUCGUGCUCCUCUCCACUUCGCUGCAGAGCGUGGUCACGAGGACGUGGCCCGACUGCUGCUGGAGGCCGGGGCGCAGUGCUACCCGCGCGACAACGGUGACCUCACCCCGCUGCACCUGGCCCGGGGCAAGGUCAUCGACGUGCUCUGGGAGCACACGGUGGGCGCCUCGGUGAGCUCGGCGGAGCUGGUGCGACUCCUGCAGCUGUGGGAGGGGCGCGGCGAGCGGCGGCCCCCACUGGGCGAGGCGGCGCGCCGUGGCGACCUGGAGGCCGUCAAGAGGUUGGUGGAGCUGGGCGCCGACAGGGACGCGCGCGACGCCGAGGGUCGCACACCCGCCCAGCUCGCCGCAGAUGGAGGCCACACCCAAGUGGCGGAGUGGCUGGGCAGCAACCUAUCAAAAGUUGCACCUAUUUCCGCAAUAGAUUGGAAAGUUGUCGAAAUUGUGACUAUACCUUAGUUCUUAGUAACAAUAAUUCUGUGCCCUCCUUUUAGUGUUUUAUUUUUCUACUUUUCGCUUCGAAAGUGUUACGUACCUGACUAGCAUUUAAUAAACGUGAAUAAUAACAUGUGAA